AUGGAGGCAUUUUCAAGUAUGAUUCGUAAAGCGGUCGAUUUGGGUGCUUUGAAAGGUAUUAGUCUUCCAAAUAACGGUCCGACAAUUUCUCAUCUUUUAUAUGCUGACGAUUGUAUUUUUCUCGAAGAAUGGACCCAUAAUAACUUGAAGGUAGUGCUGAAACUGCUGAGGUGUUUUUAUUUUUGCGCUGGCCUCAAAAUUAAUUUGAACAAAUCUCUCCUCUUUGGCGUUGGCGUUGGAACUAAUGAAGUAAAAAGGGUGGCAGAUUCUUUUUGUUGUAAAGCUGGUGAGUUGCCGUUUGUUCACCUUGGGACCUUAAUUGGUGCGAAGAUGUAUAAGAUUAACAGUUGGAAAGCGGUGUUCGAUAUCUUCGAGUCUAGGCUUGCUUUAUGGAAAGCCUCGGUUCUCUCCAUCGGAGGUCGGUUGACCCUUGUUAAAUCGGUUCUUGAAAGUAUUCCUAAUUAUUUCCUCUCGCUUUUUAAAGCUCCGGUGGGUGUUAUAAAAGGUUUGGAAAAGAUAAUGAGAAGAUUCCUUUGA